AUGCAAGGUAUGCAAGGACAACAACCUCCUGCUCCAGUUCCUGUUCCACAAGCUGCAACAGGGCCAGAUUUUCGUGCUUUCUUCAUAAUGGAUCCUCUAGAGUUUGCAGGUGGCCUAGACCCGGUGGUAGCUCAUGAUUGGUUGGCUAGUAUGGAGAGGAUAUUCCAGGAAAUCCAGUGUAAUAAAGAGAAAGUGAUCUUUGCUAUGCAAAAGAUGAAAGGACCAGCUCUUAGGUGGUGGAAUACCGCAUCUACCUAUUUCACUACUCAGGAGAUUCCUAAGGACUGGCAUCAUUUCAGGGCCGCAUUUCUGGAGAAGUAUUUCCCCAACAGUGUUCGGACCCAAAGAGAAAGAGAGUUCCAGAACUUCAACUUGAAGAGGGUUCAAGAAGAGAGGAACCAGAACAGGACUAAUUUUAGAGAACAAGGGAGAUCUACCCAACACUUGAAGCCCCGUAGUUCUCCAUCCAUGAAGAAGCAGGGUUAUGGUGACCACUCUAAUUAUCCUCCUCAGUGUGAUAAGUGCAAGAGAAGACACCAUGGUGAAUGCAAGCCAUUUUCAGUUACUUGCUUCAAGUGUGGGGAGCCAGGCCAUGUUAUUAAGAAUUGUCCAAGGAAGAAAGCUCCUAAGAAGACUGCAGGUCGUGUGUACACUCUAGAUGCAAGAAAGGCCAAGGGAAACAACAAUCUCAUUGCGAGUACGUGUUAUGUAAACAACCAACCUUUAUGUGUUUUAGUUGAUUGUGGAGCUACUCAUUCCUUUAUUUCAACCGAGUGUGUUUGUCGAGUUGGUUUGGAAGUCACUCCAUAA